GGAUAAGAUAGUAUCAUAAGCUGGUCGUAGAAGUGUAGCCGGCCUAGGGGCGUGCAUUUCUCCAAAAGGCUCUGCCGCAAAGGCACGGGGAGGGGCGAUCUUUUCAGAAACGUGUCUUUGCUCUUCCUUACGUGUCCAGAAAUCACAGGACUGUUUUGUCCGUGUAUGUUACAGAUGGCAGGACGAACAUGGUUGAUCGUUUUAGGAGCUUCUAUUGUGAUUGGCUGCUAUUUCUACCUUGGUGGCUUUGACCCAGAAUCCUUGAGGGGAGCCCGAGUUGUCGUCACUGGCUGCAGUUCUGGCAUCGGCGAACAGAUGGCGUACCACUAUGCAAGGCUGGGUGCGAAGGUCGUCAUCACAGCAAGGAGGGAGGCACGACUCAAAGAGGUUGUAGCUAAGAUGAAGGACCUGGGAGCCCAGGAGGCCAUCUAUGUAGCAGGAGAUAUGGGGAAGUCUGAAGAUUGUGAGAGGACCAUCCAAACAGCAAAGGAAAAGUUUGGAGGACUGGACUAUCUUGUGUUGAACCACAUGGGUUCAAGCUAUAACAAGGGAGGUCCUUUUCUAUGGGAUGGAGAUAUGGCAUUCCUUGAGGACUUCACCAACAUUAAUUACCUGUCAUACGUGAGGCUGGCAUCACUCGCGCUUCCCAUGUUAGAGCAGAGCAACGGCAGUGUCGUGGUCGUGUCAUCGCUUUUAGGUAAAAUUGCAGGUACUUUUGGCUCCUUCUACUCGGGAGCCAAGUUUGCACUCGACGGAUUCUUCAGCUCUUUACGACAGGAGCUUCAGCUGAAGAAGGCCAAUGUGACAAUCACACUUGCGGUGCUGGGCUUGAUAGACACAGAAUUGUCCAUGAACUCUGCAAAGGUCAUCGGAAUUGAAAACCUUGCAAAAAUCACUGCACUCUCAGCGGAGGAUGCUGCCAUGGCGAUUAUACGCAGCGGUGCCGUACGACAACGUGAGCUGUACUACCCGUGGAGUAUGGUGUGGCCAUUGUCCACACUUCGGGCCUUAUUUCCACAGCUUCUGGAUUGGAUGGAAAUGCAGAAAUUUCUUAUUUGAAGUAACAGGAGUCUAUACAAUACAAGUAUGUCA